AUGGCGACUCACAACUUCGAGGCUAUGGCCUCCAAGCUGGAUGACCCAAACUCUGAUCUCAGGGCAAAGGGCACCCAAGCGAUAGAAAUAAGGGACAACAUCGAGAGCUACUGUCAAGGGCAGCAGUACGGCGCAUUCUUGAACCACCUCGUCCCCGUUUUCCUGAGGAUAUUAGAUGGUAACCCUGUCUUCAUAUCCACGUCGCCGGAACAGAAACAGCGAAUACGGAACUGCGUUCUCGAAAUCCUGCACCGCCUCCCGAUGAACCCGACUGAAGCCAUCGAACCGCAUGCCGCCAAGAUCGUGGACAAGCUCAUGAGUUUAGUGAAGCUGGAGAACGAGGACAAUGCGGUGCUAUGCAUGAAGACCAUCAUGGACUUCCAGCGCCAUCAGACAAAGGCGCUGGCGGAUCGGGUGCAACCCUUUUUGGAUCUCAUUCAGGAGAUGUUCGAGACCAUGGAACAGGCCGUACACGACACCUUCGAUAGCAACACACCUGCCACAGCCUCGCAGGGCGUUCCCUCGACCCCGAAUAACCACCAAUUCUCCCAGUCGCCACGCCCGAGCUCGCCAGCAACCGCUCUCACAUCCGGCUCAUCAAGCGACAUUGGGUCAGAACACCAGCAGACACGCAUGCUCUUGAAGGGAAUGCAAUCGUUCAAAGUCCUUGCAGAAUGUCCCAUUAUCGUGGUAUCACUGUUCCAGGCAUAUAGGAAUUGCGUGAACAAGAACGUGAAACUUUUCGUUCCGCUGAUUAAGAACGUACUCUUGCUCCAAGCAAAACCACAAGAGAAGGCACACGAGGAGGCAAAGGCUCAGGGCAAGAUCUUCACUGGAGUCAGCAAGGAGAUACGCAAUCGUGCAGCGUUUGGCGACUUCAUCACAGCUCAAGUCAAAACUAUGAGCUUUCUGGCUUAUUUACUAAGGGUUUACUCUAGUCAGCUGAAUGACUUCCUCCCAACUUUACCAGACAUCGUCGUUCGACUCCUCAAGGACUGCCCCCGAGAGAAAUCCGGCGCACGGAAAGAACUGUUGGUGGCGAUAAGACACAUCAUCAAUUUCAAUUUCCGGAAAAUGUUCCUGAGCAAGAUCGAUGAACUACUGGACGAGAGGACACUGAUUGGCGACGGCCUCACUGUGUACGAGACGAUGCGACCGCUUGCAUAUAGCAUGCUUGCUGACCUGAUUCACCACCUACGAGACUCGCUAUCGAAAGAGCAAAUCCGGCGAACGGUGGAGGUGUAUACGAAGAAUCUGCACGACUCGUUUCCUGGGACUAGCUUUCAGACCAUGAGCGCAAAGCUAUUGCUAAAUAUGGCUGAGUGUAUCGCGAAGCUAGAGCCCAAGGAAGAUGCUCGAUAUUUCUUGAUCAUGAUUCUGAACGCCAUUGGCGACAAGUUCUCCGCGAUGAACCGCCAAUAUCGCAACGCUGUGAAACUCUCGGCGCAAUAUAGUCAGCCAUCUAUCGAUGCAGUAGACGAGAACCACAUGGCCGUCCAAGACAACCCUCCGGACUGGGACGAGAUUGAUAUUUUCAACGCAACACCCAUAAAAACAUCGAAUCCAAGAGAUCGGAGCUCUGACCCGAUUGCAGACAACAAGUUCUUGUUCAAGAACCUGCUCCACGGACUCAAGAAUCUUUUCUACCAGCUACGUGCAUGUAAUCCGGCCAAGAUUAAAGAAGAGAUCGACCCUACCAACGCAUCUGCGAACUGGCACGAGGUGUCAUUUGGCUACAAUGCAGAAGAGGUCGAAGUUCUUAUCAAGCUCUUCCGCGAAGGUGCCAGAGUGUUUCGCUAUUACGGCACAGACAAGACCCCGGAAACCCAAGGCUUGUCACCAGGAGACUUCAUGGGUAACCAGCACAUGAUGUCAAGCGGCAAGGAGGAGAAGGAUUUACUGGAGACGUUUGCGACUGUUUUCCAUCACAUUGACCCGGCUACGUUCCACGAAGUGUUUUCAUCCGAGAUACCCCAUUUGUACGAUAUGAUGUUCGAUCACCCGGCGUUACUCCACGUUCCACAGUUUCUUCUCGCUUCCGAGGCCACGUCGCCCAGCUUUUCCGGCAUGUUGCUCCAGUUCCUAAUGGAUCGAAUCGAGGAGGUGGGCACAGCAGAUGUGAAGAAGUCUUCAAUCCUGCUUCGACUUUUCAAGCUCUCAUUCAUGGCUGUUACGCUCUUCUCGGCGCAGAAUGAGCAGGUCCUCUUACCACACGUCAAAACGAUCAUCACCAAGUCAAUACAGCUAUCAACGACAGCAGAGGAGCCGAUGAACUAUUUCCUACUGCUUAGAUCACUGUUUCGCAGCAUAGGUGGCGGUCGCUUCGAGCACUUGUACAAGGAGAUUCUUCCACUCCUGGAAAUGUUGCUAGACGUUCUGAACAAUCUCCUGCUGACGGCACGCAAGCCUGCGGAACGAGAUUUGUUCGUCGAACUCUCUCUCACAGUACCAGCACGACUUAGCAAUCUUCUGCCACAUCUCAGCUAUCUGAUGAGGCCGUUGGUCGUAGCCUUACGAGCCGGGUCUGAUCUCGUUGGUCAAGGCCUUCGUACCCUUGAGCUCUGCGUUGAUAACCUCACCGCGGACUAUCUGGACCCGAUAAUGGCACCUGUCAUCGAUGAGCUGAUGGCUGCGUUGUGGGAACAUCUCAAACCAAACCCAUACAGCCAUUUCCAUGCUCAUACCACAAUGCGCAUAUUGGGCAAGCUUGGCGGCCGCAACCGGAAGUUCAUUACAGGUCCACCUGAGCUGAAUUUCAAGCCAUACUCUGACGACCAAUCAUCCAUCGAUAUUCGAUUGAUUGGAUCUACCAAGGACCGCGCCUUCCCUGCAGCGAUAGGCAUUGAUACUGCCAUCGCCAAACUCCACGAAAUCCCAAAGACACCGGCAGCGAAAAAGUCGGAUACUUUCCACAAGCAACAGGCUCUUCGUCUCAUCACAGCGCACACGAAGCUGCUGGUCGGCUUCGACAGCUUGCCGGAGGAUUUUGCUCAGCUCGUGCGACUACAGGCAAAUGAUCUAUGUACGAAGAAGAUUGAUGCUGGAUACGACAUACUCACAGCCUCUGAACGCGAAAAGUCAAUUACCAAAAAGAGCGUGGAACAGGACAACCUCAAGAAGCUGAUAAAGGCGUGCAUCUUUGCUGUCUCCAUACCUGAGCUCAAGGUAGAUGCUGAGGCUCUGGUGAGCAAUCUAGCAAAACAUUUUACCCUGCUAGAACUCGGGACGCAGUUCGCCACGGUGAAGCAUAAGACCAAGCCGUUUGACGUCCAUUCCGGUGAAGGCCCUGUCGUAAUCGAGAGCGACGUCAUUUCCGAAGCUAUCGGAGAGUCUUUGGCUUCAGAGCACGGUGCCGUACGCGAUGCUGCUGAGCAAGCCAUCCUGACUAUGCGAGACGCUACAAAAGCAAUCUUCGGAAACGACAGUUCACUCGACAAGUUCCAGUUUUUCAACGAGCUUUCCAGCACCUUUUGCCACAACUGCCACGCCGAUGAUUGGUUCAUGAAGUCUGGAGGUACGCGUGGUAUCGAGAUCAUGAUUAAGCAAUUGGGUCUUCCUCUGUCGUGGUUAAUCCCCCGCCACUUUGAACUCGUCCGAGCUCUCAACUUCGUUAUGAAGGACAUGCCUAUCGAUCUCGACUCAAAGACGCGCAUACAGGCCGAGGGACUCAUUCAGGAUCUUAUUCGUCGCUGUCACAAGAAAACGGCGAAAGAAGAUUUUGACAGGGGCUUUGACAAGGGCAACAACUUUACGCUGAAGCUCUGCCAGCAGCUUGUGGGUGAUCUCUCGCACAUGAACAAGAGUGUACGAGAAGCGACCCAAAAGGCUUUUCAAGUAUUGUCAGAAGUCACGGAGCUGAGUGUCAGCGACCUUAUCACACCCGUGAAAGAUAGGCUUAUUCUGCCAAUCUGGACGAAGCCACUACGAGCGCUACCCUUCAGCAUCCAGAUCGCUUACAUUGACGCCAUUACUUUCUGUCUAAAACUCAAGAAUGGCAUUCUCGAGUUCAACGAGCAGCUGACUAGGCUGUUGAUGGAGUCUCUUGCGUUGGCGGAUGCUGAGGACGAGCAUCUGGCAAGUAAGCCUACAGAACAGCGAAACGCGGACCACAUCGUCAGUCUACGAGUAGCAUGUAUCCGUCUUCUGUCCACUGCCCAGAGCUUUCCCGAGUUCAGUACUACACCGCCAAACCAGACUUUCCUCCGCAUUAUCGCCGUCUUCUUCAAAUGCCUUUACUCAAAGUCGCCGGAAGUUAUCGAAGCAGCCAACAUUGGAUUGUCAGGUGUCAUCUCCGCGACAAACAAGUUGCCCAAAGAUGUUUUGCAAAGCGGUCUUCGGCCUAUUCUGGUCAACCUUCAGGACCCACGGAAGCUCUCCGUGGAAAACCUUGAUGGUCUUGCGCGCUUAUUGAAGCUACUUACGAAUUACUUCAAGGUAGAGAUCGGAACUCGCUUACUUGACCAUCUCAAGAGCAUCGCGGACCAGAACAGUCUCCAGAAGAUCUCGUUCACCAUGAUCGAGCAGAACCCCAAGAUGAAGAUCGUGACAGGCAUUUUCAACAUCUUCCACCUGUUGCCUGCAGCAGCAGCCACCUUCCUCAAGCAGAUCAUCGAAAAGGUUAUUGAGCUGGAGACUGCACUAAGGAGAACGCACUACAGCCCAUUCAGAGAACCGCUGAUCAAGUACCUCUGCAUGUAUCCCAAGGAAGCCUGGGAGUACUUCGCGCCCAACCUGAAGGACCAAACACAAGGACGCUUCUUCGCCCAGCUACUCGAGAACCCUGCCAGCGAGGUACUUCGCAAGCAGGUAAUGGAAGACGUCCCUGGCUUUUUGAGCGCCAUCAACCCUGAGGGUACCGACAAGGAGAAGUGCCAAGCGCAGCUCAACGGCAUCCACAUCGCGUAUGCAUUGAGUCAGUCUGAGGAGACGAGCAAAUGGCUUGUAUCUAAUGAUUCGUUGCGAAAGGGUCUCUUUGAUGUGGCACGUUCUUUGGAGAAGAAACUCAGGGUCAACAGCCUUGAAGCGGAGCUGCGCCUGGCGACCGAGCAGGCUGGUGAUCAGAUCAUGAUCAUCUUCACGACGUAUCUCAAGCACGAGCCGAGCAGCUUAGACUUCUUCUUCGAAGUUGUUGAUGCUGUCACAUCUGAAGAGAUGAAGGCUUCACCACGAUUGUUCGACUUCAUAUACGAUGAGAUCAUAUCGAGUGAGUCUGUGGAAUACUGGAAGACGAUCGUGAACAAGUGCAUUGACUUGUACACGUCUCGCAAUUCUUCGCAGAAGACCAAGACGUUCAUAUUCCGGUACAUUGUCAACCCCAUCUUCGCCAUGGAUGUGAAGCGCAACUGGGAUAGCUUGUUUGAUCAGAAGUCCAAGGGUACCAAAUUCAUGGAUAAGGCCAUGACUGAGGCUAUCCAUAGCCGGCUUUGGAAGCCCCAGUCGACCCUGGAACUUUCGGAGGAUACCGCUCAACUUGGUGUUGACCACUCGCGGAUGGAGCUUCUUCAACUCACUACACUCCUCCUCAAGCAUUACCCCGGCAUGAUCCAGGAAGCACGCAAGGAUGUCAUCAAGUUUGCUUGGAACUACAUCAAGCUCGAAGACAUCAUCAACAAGUACGCAGCAUACGUACUCAUUGCCUUCUUCAUCGCCGCCUUCGAUACGCCCGUCAAGAUUGCCGUCCAAGUCUACCAGGCUCUCCUCAAAGCGCACCAGAACGAAGGUCGUUCGUUGGUGAUGCAAGCUCUUGAACUCAUGGCCCCAGUCCUGAAGAAGCGAAUGCCACCUGUGCCUGGCGCCGACUCCAAGAUGCCUCGCUGGAUCCAGUACCCGCGUAAGAUUCUCUCUGAAGAGAGUUCUAAUCUGCAACAAUUGAUGAGCAUCUUCCAAUUUGUGGUUCGACAUCCCGACCUUUUCUAUGAAGGCAGAGAGCAUCUUUCCCCCAUCAUCAUUACAGCGCUAUCUAAGAUUGCGACACCUCCCAACCCGUCGGCCGAUGCGAAGAAGCUUGCUUUGAACUUGAUAAGUCUGAUUAGGACUUGGGAGGAGCGCACGGCAAGUGAAAGCGCUGGUUCAACUGACCGUCCGUCAGAUUCUCCUCAAGCUGUCAAGAGACGCGCGGACGGAUCAGUGGUGGCUCCAAGGGGCGGCUUUGUUGCAGUAGCUGGUAUCCGGAUGAUGUUGGUUAAGUACCUCAUCCAGUUCAUUGCGUACCUGCCUGAGCGCUAUCCGGUUGCCUCACCAAAGCCCAAGGAUGCCACCGCACUAGCUAGCAACGCACCGCAGCCUGCUGAGAUCUGUAGGAAGGCCGUGCAGCUCCUGCAUGAUCUGCUUUCGCCACGACUUUGGAAUGACUUGGAUCUUGAUCUCAUGCUUACGAAGAAGAUUGAGGAGAUUCUCUUGACGGAGAUGAAGCCGGACGACAAGGUCGAGGCUUUCAGCACCCGCAUGAUCAACACUCUCCAAAUUGUCAAGGUCAUCGUUAACGUCAAACCAGACGAUUGGGUACUGCAGCGUAUUCCCCAGUUCCAAAAGAUCCUGGAAAAGCCAAUCCGGUCCGAGAACCCGGAUGUGCAGGCCAGUCUCCAUGCGACUGAUCAGUCAGAAGAUGGUGCUAUGAAGCUUAAGCCCAUUCUCAAGCGUCUACUGGAGGUCAUGCCGGAGCCUGUUACCGACGACGAAGGCAACAUUGAAGAAUCGCCAUCUACUGAGUUUGUCAGCUUCCUCGGCACUAUCGCCACGGAGGCACUCGGCAGCAGCUCGUACGUGAGCGCCAUUAACAUCUUGUGGACACUGUGCCAAAAGCGACCCGAGGAGAUUGAUCAACAUAUCCCGCAGGUCAUGAAGGCUUUCCAGGGCAAGAUAGCGAAAGAUCAUCUUCCCAUCAACGGUGUUCCGGGCCAGCCCGUACCACCCAACAUGCGGCCAGAGGGAGCAAACCCACCUAGCGAUCCUCGCGAAAUUGAGAUCCAAGUUGACUUGGUACUCAAGACUGUCGACAUUCUCGCUGCUAGGAUGAACGAGCUUGGCGAAAAUCGACGGCCAUACCUCAGCGUUCUUGCCUCUCUUGUUGAGCGAUCGCAGACCAACUCUGUGUGUAUGAAGGUCCUAGAUCUCGUGGAGGAAUGGAUCUUCCACUCCACCGAGCCUGUGCCGACCCUCAAGGAAAAGACAGCGGUUCUUAGCAAGAUGCUGCUUUUCGAACAUCGUGCCGACACCUCGCUGUUGACCCGUUUCUUGGACCUCGUCAUUCGCAUCUAUGAGGACCCGAAGAUCACUAGAAGCGAGCUCACAGUACGCAUGGAGCAUGCUUUCUUGAUUGGUACGCGGGCUCAGGAUGUGGAGAUGAGGAAUCGCUACAUGGCCAUUUUUGACAAGAGCUUGAGCCGUACGGCGGCUAGUCGCCUGAGCUACGUUCUGGCCUCCCAGAAUUGGGACACACUCUCCGACAGCUAUUGGCUGAGCCAGGUCAUUCACCUGAUGUUUGGCUCCGUUGAGAUGAACACGCCAGCGCAGCUCCAUGCCGAGGACUUCCGUCUCAUCCAGCCUACAACCUUGUUCGGCUCUUUCAGCAGGGAUUCUAGGAUUCCUGAUGUCAUGGUUGAUGAUGAGUUGGAGAAGUUCAUCAACGGGCAUCGACGCUUCUGCAACCAGCUAGCUGAUGUCAAGAUCAAGGACAUCUUCGAACCGCUUGGACAUCUACAACACACCGAUAGCAACCUCGCGCACGACAUAUGGGUUGCUUUCUUCCCCUUGGCCUGGACCGCCCUCACCAAGGAUGAUCAAAGCGAUCUUGAGAAGGGCAUGGCAGCAUUGCUCACCAAGGACUACCACUCUCGCCAACUCGACAAGCGUCCGAACUGCGUCGCGACCAUGCUUGAUGCCAUUGUCCAUUCUCGCCCACGUGUCAAGUUCCCGCCUCACAUUAUGAAGUACUUGGCACAGACGUACAAUGCCUGGUACACUGCUGCUGUGUAUAUGGAAGACUCGGCCAUUUCACCAGUUGUCGAUGUGGAGAAGCUCCGUGAGAGCAACCUGGAUGCACUGCUGGAGAUUUACAAUGGAUUGCAGGAAGACGAUCUUUUCUAUGGGACAUGGCGUCGACGCUGUCAGUUCAUCGAGAGCAAUGCCGCGUUAUCAUAUGAGCAAUGUGGUAUCUGGGACAAGGCCCAGCAGAUGUAUGAGGCUGCGCAAAUCAAGGCCCGCACGUCUGUACUCCCCUUUAGUACUGGAGAGUAUAUGCUGUGGGAGGAUCACUGGGUCAUCUGCGCGCAAAAGCUGCAGCAGUGGGAGAUACUGAGCGACUUCGCCAAGCACGAAAACUUCAACGAUCUCUAUUUGGAGUCUACGUGGCGGGUCUUUGAUGCCUGGCAGAACACUGAAACCCGCGAGCAGCUCGAAGCGACGAUCAAAGCUGUUAGCGACGCACCGACGCCGCGACGAGUCUUUUUCCAGACAUUCAUGUCACUCCUCAAACUACACAACAAGCAAGAGUUGCAACCGGAAUUUCAUCGCUUAUGUGAUGAAUCUAUCCAGUUGUCGAUUCGCAAGUGGCACCAGCUACCGCGACGCAUCACGCAGGCACACAUCCCACUUUUGCAGCACUUCCAGCAGCUAGUCGAGUUGCAUGACGCCAGUGUCAUCUGCCAAAGUCUUGCUCAGACCAACUCGGGCAACCUUGACGUCAAAUCUCAAGAGCUUAAACUGCUUCUCAGCACUUGGCGGGACCGACUACCGAACUUCUGGGAUGACAUCAACGCAUGGCAAGAUCUCGUCACUUGGCGUCAACACAUCUUCCAACUGAUCAACGGCGUCUAUCUUAAUCUGUUGCCACCGAACCAGAACAAUGCCAGUGGCAACUCGUUCGCAUACCGAGGUUACCACGAGACUGCAUGGAUCAUUAAUCGUUUUGCACACGUAGCACGCAAACAUAACCUUCCGGAUGUGUGCAUCAAUCAGCUUGGGCGUAUCUACACUCUCCCUAACAUUGAGAUUCAAGAAGCGUUCCUGAAGUUGCGCGAACAGGCCAAAUGCCACUACCAGAUCAGGGCUGAUCUCAACAGCGGCCUAGAUGUCAUCAACAACACCAACCUCAACUACUUCGGACCGGGUCAAAAGGCAGAGUUCUAUACUCUCAAGGGCAUGUUCUUGGCGAAACUGGGACAAAAGAAUGAGGCUGGCGAGGCCUUUGGAACGGCAUUGUACUUUGAUAUCAAGUUGCCCAAGGCGUGGGCAGAGUGGGGACGUUACAACGACAUGUUGUUCAAAGAGGAGCCACACAACCUGGAAAGGGCUGAAGCGGCGCUCAGCUGCUACUUGGAAGCUGCUAGCCAGUUCAAGAAUGCCAAGUCAAGGAAGCUGCUUGGACGUGUAUUAUGGCUGCUCAGCUUGGACAACCCUGAGCGAAAGUUGGCAGAGAAGUUUGAGGAGUUCAAGGGGGAUACGCCGGCAUGGUAUUGGAUUACUUACAUCCCGCAGUUGCUUAACAGUCUCUCGCGACAGGAAGCGCCUAUCGCGCGAUCCAUCCUCGGCAAGCUUGCGAAGACCUACCCACAGGCACUGUACUGCCAUCUCCGGACGACGCGCGAGGACAUGGCUGUGCUCAAGAAGACACAUGAACAGAAGGAGGCCAAGGAGAAGGCGGCAAAGGCGAAACAACAACAACCGGCCCAAGGCUCACCGGCAACAAAGCAGGGUUCACCAGAGGUUCGGCCUAACUCAAGCGCUGGAAGUCGACCAACAACCGCGGGAGCUGACAACAAAGCUGCUGCGAAUGUCAAUGGUGCCGUCAAGGCAGAGGGUGCACCGCAAGGAAGCCCUGCCCCUAACGGCGCACCUGCUCCCGCCGAUCCGCCAGCGCCCAAGAAGCCCUGGGAUCAUGUGGAGGAGAUCAGCGCCAUUCUCAAGACGGCAUUCCCUCUCCUGGCUCUAUCCAUGGAGACAAUGCUCGACCAAAUCCAGAAGAACUUCAAGUGCCCUCCAGACGAAGAUGCUUAUAGGCUUAUCGUGGCCUUACUCAAUGAUGGUCUGUCUUAUGUGGGCCGUCAACCUAACCUGUAUGCCCGCGAGAUCAAGCUGCCAGCAUCCACCGAAGCGAAUAUCACACGUUUCGCUGAGUCUGUCCUGCCUCCGCAUAUCCGCAAAGCAUUCGAAAAGGACUUUGUUACCCACAAGCCGACCAUGUACGAGUACAUCCAGAAGUUGCGCGUAUGGCGAAAUCGGUUUGAGGAGAGGCUUGAUCGUAGGAAGCUCAGUGUUCCGCUUGAGCAGUACACGCACCAACUCAGCGAGUUCCGUUUCCUCAAGUUUGAUGACGUCGAAGUGCCCGGCCAGUAUCUACAACAUCGCGACAAGAACUCGGACUUUGUGCGCAUUGAGCGCUUCCUUCCCGACGUUGAGCUGGUGCGCGGUGUCGGCAUUUGUCACCGUCGUCUCAAGAUCCGUGGUCAUGACGGAAGCAUCCACCCUUUCGCUAUCCAGUUUCCCGCUGCUCGAAGCUCGAGACGUGAAGAGCGCAUCUUGCAACUGUUCAGAAUCUUUAACGGUAUUCUCGCCAAGCGCAAGGAGAGCCGGAGGAGGAAUUUGCAGUUCCAUCUUCCACUCAUCGUUCCCAUCACGCCUAGUGUGCGCAUGGUACAAGAUGAUUCGUCGUACAUCAACAUGCAAGCGCUGCAGCCUGUAAGUUCAAUCCCCAGUUUUUGCAUAUCACCAGCCACUAACCCAAGCCUACAGAAGAGCACCGAGCACGCGAACAGCAUCAAACUCGAGACCUUCGCCGCCGUGCAAGAGAAAUACGUGCCUCCAACAGUCGUCCAAGACUACUUCCGCGCCACCUUCCCCGCCUUCGACGACUUUUGGCUCUUCCGCCGCACAUUCAGUUACCAACUCGCCGCCCUCACCUUCAUGACCUACGUCAUGCACAUGAACACGCGCUACCCACAAAAGAUGACCGUCUCGCGUUCGAGCGGUCGCAUCUGGGGCUCCGAACUGAUCCCUAGCAUGGCGGUCGGAAAACCCCAACUCCAUAACUCGGAGCCUGUUCCCUUCCGCCUGACCCCCAACCUGCAAACCAUCAUGGGACCCCUGAACCUCGAGGGUAUCUUUGCGCCCGGUGUCAUGACCGUCGCUCGUUGUCUAAUUGAACCCGAGGGCGAGCUCGAAAUGCAACUUAGUAUCUUCAUGCGCGAUGAGAUGAAUCAUUGGUUCACUAGUCAGCACAAGGCUAGUCAGCUUACGCCUGAUGUCCUCCGCGAGAGCGUCCAGCAGAAUAGCGACUUGGUGGUUAAGCGCGCUAGCGCUAUUGGUAGUUUGCCCACUGGAGCUAACCUCCCUGCGAAUCAGACGGUCGUUGAUCUCGUGGCAGUGGCUGUGCAUCCGGCGAAGCUGGCGCAGUGUGAUCCUCUCUGGAUGGGCUACUUGUGAGCCUUUCGUUGUUCUGGGUUUGGCGUAGGGUGUUUGCCUGAAGGAAAAAAAGAAAAAGGGUUUUUUCUCAAUGAUCAGAUCGGAGUUAUUAGGGCUUUCUUGGAUUGGAUUUUUUUUCUAGUCGGACUUUCUGUUUGGCUUUCGAGGGGGGAGUCGUUUACAGCAUAUUUUUCUGCGUUUGGAGUUUAGUAUGGGGGGUUUCGGAAGUAGUAUUUUUCUAGUUGGUUUGUACAAAAGGGCGUUAUUAGGUGAUUUGGUGCGAUGCGGAUGGAUGGUGUGGCAGUCUGCCUUACCUGCCUACCAGAUCAGCUCCAAAAAUCAAACGUAGAUAUCAGAGA